UACGAGGUGUGGGAGUCUGAAGUGCACGGAAAUUAAGGACUCAUAUGGCUUUUUUGUGCAGAAUGGCAUCUGUAAGCCCAGAAGACAACACAGACAAUGAUGCAAUGCCAAAAGAACUGGCUGCUGAAAGCAAGCUGUAUGUGGAUGUUGGUAUGGAAUGCAUACCCAUUGUUUAUCGUGAUGAGUACAACAUACGUUUGCUUGGCAUGGAAAAACUGCACCCAUUUGAUGCUGGAAAAUGGGGGAAUGUUGUAAAAUAUUUGAAGAAGAAGAAAUUACUGAAAGAUUUGAAAUUAGUGUGCCCAAAUGAAGCCACUGAGACUGACUUACGCUUCGUACAUACAGCCUCCUAUCUUAGAAGUCUGAAGUGGAGUGUGAAUGUUGCAAAAAUUACAGAGGUUGCUCCAGUAGCACUUUUGCCAAAUAUGGUUGUGCAGAAAAAGGUAUUAAAACCAUUCAGAUACCAAACAGGAGGAAGUGUCUUGGCAGGGAAACUAGCAGUGGAGCGAGGAUGGGCAAUAAAUAUUGGAGGUGGUUUUCAUCACUGCAGUGGAAACAUGGGUGGUGGCUUCUGUGCCUAUGCAGAUAUUACACUAACAGUGCACUUUAUUCUCAACCAUUACCCUAACAUUCAGAAGGUUAUGAUCAUUGACCUUGACGCUCACCAGGGUAAUGGGCAUGAACGUGACUUCAUCGGCAGAAAAGAUGUCUACAUACUCGAUGUCUACAACAAAUACAUAUAUCCAAAGGACACCUAUGCGAAAAGGGCAAUAAGUCGGAGAGUUGAACUGUUUGCAUACACACAGGAUGAUGAAUAUCUUGAGAAGAUCACAACGCACGUGGAAGGGGCCCUGAAUGAAUUUAGUCCACACGUGGUCAUAUACAAUGCUGGAACAGACAUUAUGGAAGGAGACUGUUUGGGACUGCUGUCAGUGACCAAACAGGGUAUUGUAGACCGGGAUGAGAUAGUUUUCCAGAAGGUGAGAGAGAGGCGUAUUCCCAUCAUCAUGGUUACCAGUGGUGGCUAUCAACGUGUAACGGCAGCUGUAAUUGCUGACUCUAUUGCGAACCUGAACAGAAAGUCACUAAUAGAUAUGAGAGUACAAUAAGUUGACUUUGAGUCACUUUUAAGACAUAAUUGGCUUUAAAGAUGUGAUCUUUUAUUUUUAGACAGCUUUUGUUAUCAACUUUUCAUCUCUAUGGUUAACUGAUAAGUUAACUUUGAAUCUUUGUUAAGCCGCAGUUGGCUCUAAAAAUUGCAACUUUACCUUUAAAAAGCUUUUAACUUUAGUGUGUACAGUCAACAUAUUUUAAGCUUAUUUAGAAUCUCAUUUGAGACUUAAUAGUAAUUUUAAAAUUGUAAUAUUUAAACAGUUUUUGUAUUCAAUAUUUAGUCUUUAUGGUUACCUGAUGACAAACUUACUUUGAAUCUCUUAAGACUUAAUUGGUUUUAAAAGAUGUAAUAUUUUAUCUUUAGACAGCUUUUUUGCCUCUAGUCUAAAUGGUUACCUGUUAAUUUUUUUAUUCUAUUUUUGCUUAAUUAGGGAAAACUGUGGAGAAAUUUGAAGUACUAUAUAGUUUAGUAUUCUUUUGCAUGUGUCUGUAUGUUUGUGUUUGUAUAUAUGAGCAUAUGAAUAUCUUUGUUAUAUAUCCUCUCUUUCUUUCUUUCUCUCUUUCUUUCUUAAUCUUUUUGUGUAACAUGCAAGGGGUCUGUCCAAAGACAGCAGGAUACAGACACAGAAAUGGCAGUAUCUCAUUCACACAUUUGCUGCCUUUCAAAAUAUGUAGUAUCAUCUGUCAUGCAAUUUCAUCCUUUGAAACCAACUGAUAGAAGCAUCUUAGAACAUCAGGCAAUAUGAACACAAUGCUCUUGAAAAUAGCAAGAAAAAAAAAUAGCACUCAAAGUGCUUCACUUUCAGUCUAUCUUGCUUUCAAAAAAAAAAAAAAAAAAAAAAAUCAAAUCAAA